ACAAUUGCAACAUGGUGUGACGAAAGUUGUGAAUUCAUUGCACGAGUACACGUUGUGUCAUUUCUAUGUAUAGAUGUUACCCAGGUUGUCUAUAUAACAGGUAACUUCAUAUAACAGCCUACAGAAAAAACUUCCCACUUUUCACCUUGGUGAGGAAUCUGAGAAGCGAAGAUGAAGAAGAGACAGGUGCUGAACUGUAUCUUCUCGGCUUGGUACCCGCGGUUCGAACACCUGACGUUCCCUAGCGUGGUCCUCCCGCUGCCGGCACAGUUCGUCAGCUAUCUACUCGCCGAUGGGAUCGUCCUACCCAACAGUGGCAAGGGAAAGAGCCAAAAGUCCAGUUACAAGGCCCAUCCUGAUGAUGACUCUGAUGUAGAGGAUCCCGAUUGGUCAGAUGAGGAGGAGGAUGCUCCGACAGAGGCACCAGAGUUUCCUGAGUUGGAAGCUCAGAUCAAACAAGCUAUCGCUCAUCUUGGUGGAAAGGUUUUCCCCAAGCUGAACUGGAGUGCCCCUAAAGAUGCAUCAUGGAUUGCCUUGAACAACAGUCUGCAGUGUACCUGUCCUGAAGAUGUCUACUUACUACUGAAGAGUUCCGACUUUGUCACUCAUGACCUCACACAACCAUUUGACAGGUGCGAAGAUGAGGACACAGAUGUCAGUGUUCACUAUGAACUCGUCCUACGCAGGUGGACCAAUGUUCACCCAGGUAUGGAGUUCAGGUGUUUUGUCAAGAACGACCAGCUCAUUGCCAUCAGCCAACGACAUCAUUCCAGCUUCUUCCAAUACAUCCACGACCAACAUGACGGCAUCCAAGCAGACAUUGUAGACUUCUAUCACACAGACAUUGAAAAGAAGUUCCCAGAUUCUAAUUAUGUAUUUGAUGUGUAUAGGAAAAAGGCUGGAAAGUUAAUGCUUGUGGACUUCAACCCAUUUUGUGAAGUUACAGACCCGCUACUGUUCACAUGGGAAGAGCUCACGUCAGGGAACCCUAGAGGGGUCAAACUCCAUAGAGGGGGAAGGGGUGCAGAAGGGGUGAUCAUCUCGGUACAUAAGAGUGAGAUGGGAGUACAGCCCAACCCUCUGCACAGCUAUCGAGUACCAGAGGAUAUAGCACAUCUAACCAGUGGGGAGGAUGCAUACAAGCUGAUAGACUUCCUACAGAUGAAGUGUCAAUCACAGGAGGGGGAGGAGUCAUCAGAGAUGGAAACAUGACAAUACAGAGUGUAGGAAGUGUAGCAUGGGCUCCAGGCUUGUCAGCUUUGGUUUGCUCCUAACUAGGGUUGCCACUCCAUUAUGUAAGGACUGUUAGAAGCGGACCGAAGCUUACAAUGGUGGACUCCAGCCUACAGGAAAUAAGGGUACCAAGAAGGAAUAUAAUCAUUGGAAU